AUGAGUUGUAACGGGGCCUGGAAGGCACGGGCACCGAAACUGAAUGGCGUGGCUUGUAGUGAUCAAUCUUCUCCACUAUACGAGCCACGUUCUAUCGACGAGGGAAGGCAGUUGUUCCUUCUAUGCUAUGCCUUGUAUGGUGAAAGGUUUCUGUCACCAGAAUUACUUAGAUGUAUUUCGUACGAGGCACAGCCUCAGCUGCUGCUGUGUAUUAGGUUGAGUGGUGAAGCUGUGGAGAGCCAAUGGUAUCUGCUGGAUCGACAACCACCGAUCAUGCUGGUGAUGGCUCCAUCCAUGCAAAAAAAACCCAGCGCCUUUGCCUUUCCUUCCCCACCAGUACACUCUGCAGACAGCAGAGAACCAGGUCUCGAAUCCUCCACCAAUGUUCCAUUCGCUAGAUACUCUACUAGGAGUGUACCCCUUUCGCGCGAAGCUUCCGACAUGGCUCAGCUGGUGCUGUCCUUGAUACAGAAUGUCACAAGUGCAAUUCCACUUAUCCGAUCCGAUGCAAGCGGGUAUUGGUGCACCUAUACAUCCCUCCUAUGCGAUUAUCCGUCUGAGGCUGUCCCCGGUGAGCACCUCUCCUUCGGAGGCUGCGCCGGGAAAUAUCUAAGAUUCUCGUUCGUCCGCGCCCGGCAAUCUACAGGUGUAACGUCCGAUGUCGCCCAGUGGCAGCAUCCUUAUGUACAAAUCAAGACAUAG